UUGUCUUCAGUUUUUCAUAGACGCUCCUAGAGUAAAUAACCUAACUCACAGUCACAAAUCUAAAAAGAAGAAAAAAAACCAAAAAAUUGUUUUGAAAAAUUAUAAAAAAAAUAAAACGAAACACACGUACGCAACCAUAUUCACACACACACACACACGUGUAAUAAUAGCUUUAACAACAAGAAAUAUUGAGAAAGAAAUCGAACAAGUGCUGUUGGAGAUAUUCGAUUCAAAUUUCUUUGGAAUCCCAACAUAUUCAUAGAAAAUAGAAAAAAGCAGAAAUUGAAGAAGUAGAGAAAAAGCAUAAUUAAAGAAAUUUACAAAAACAAAGCCAAAGACUUUUGUUAAAGUGAAGUGUUUGUGGUUCGAUCUUUUGUGGGUACAUACGCGGUUGUUGGAGUGUUGUCACCAUCCAUCCACCCAUCAUCAACUUCACCGCCCAUGGGUGAUUGAGAAAAAUUAAAAAAAGGAAAACAAAAUCCAACGAAACGUUAUAUUUUAACGCCUGUCAUCGAGUCAACUGUGUUGUGAACCCUUGCUGCUGGAAACUUUUCCCCUCAACAUUGGAUAUCUGGCAGAUAUCUGCCACGCUUCAACGCUAACUUCUUUGGAACAAAAACUCAUCGCAAUUCAUAAGAAAACCGCUAAUAAUUUUAUGACAUUUCUACUAUGAAUGGACAAAAGCACAAACUUUGUUCAAAACUCUCCAGCUCAUAUCUGCGAAAAUGGUGGUGCACAAUCGCUGUCUCGGUGAUCCUGCUGAUAUGUGGCAUACUGGUGGCCUGUCAGUUCUAUGCUGUUGUUAAUGCCGUCAUAAAUUAUCAGGUGGCCCUCAGGCCGGGUGGCCAAACAUAUGGUUGGUGGUCAAAGCCUCCGGUAGAGCCAAAAAUUUCCGUCUAUGUCUACAAUGUGACAAAUGCCAAUGAGUUUUUAAGCAAUGGCUCCAAGCCCAUUGUGGAUGAAGUGGGUCCCUAUGUUUAUACAGAAUCCUGGGAAAAGGUCAACAUUGUUGAAAAUGAAAAUGGCACCCUGAGUUAUAACCUCAAAAAGACCUAUAUCUUCCGUGAAGAAUUAUCUGCAGGUUCGGAUGAUGAUGUGGUCAUUGUGCCCAAUAUUCCCAUGUUGAGUGCUACAUCACAAAGUAAACAUGCGGCCAGAUUUUUACGCUUAGCCAUGGCCAGUAUUAUGGAUAUUUUGAAGAUUAAACCUUUCGUUCAGGUUUCGGUGGGUCAACUAUUGUGGGGCUAUGAGGAUCCUCUAUUGAAAUUGGCCAAAGAUGUGGUGCCCAAAGAACAAAAAUUGCCUUAUGAAGAAUUCGGUUUGAUGUAUGGCAAAAAUGGAACAUCACCGGACCGCGUUACCAUCUUCUCCGGUGUUGAUGACAUCACCAAAUACGGUAUUAUCGAUAAAUACAAUGGUCGCUCUCACCUUCCUCAUUGGCUGUCCGAUGAGUGCAACAUUCUUAAUGGCACUGAUGGUUCUAUUUUCCCCCCUCAUAUCGAUCAAAAUCGUGUUUUGCACAUCUACGACAAGGAUUUGUGCCGUCUCAUGCCUUUGGUAUUCGAAAAGGAAGUUGUUACCAAGGCCGAUGUUAAAGGUUAUCGUUUCUCACCACCUGCCAAUGUGUUCGCCGAUGUCAAAUCGAAUCCCGACAAUAUGUGCUUCUGUCCGGCAGGACAACCCUCAUGUUCGCCCAAUGGCCUGUUCAAUGUUUCAUUAUGUCAAUAUGAUUCUCCCAUUAUGUUGAGUUUUCCCCAUUUCUAUUUGGCUGAUGAUAGUUUCCGCACUGCUGUUGAAGGUAUUUCACCACCCGAGAAAGAGAAGCAUCAACUCUUCAUUGAUGUACAACCUGACAUGGGUACCACUCUGAGAGCACGAGCUCGUGUACAAAUCAACUUGGCCGUUAGUCAAGUCAUUGACAUCAAACAAGUUGCCAACUUCCCCGACAUUGUCUUCCCCAUUAUGUGGUUCGAGGAAGGCAUUGACUAUUUGCCCGAUGAUAUCACUGACCUCAUGAAUCUGGCCGCCUCCAUACCCCCCAAACUGCGCAUUGGUUUUGUCAUCUUCUUCUUUGCCGUGGGCGCCCUGUUACUGUUGAUCUCGGUCUUCUGUUUGAUACGCAAAUCCCAUCGACAGAGCACACUGCAUUUGGAGGGCUCCAACUAUUUGGCCACAGCCCAGGUGGAUAUGCAAAAGAAAAAAUCGAAAGAUCAAAAACAAAAAUAUUAGUUAGGCAUUGUUGGUUGAGUAGCCAAAAGAAAAUAAAAUAAAACAAAACACAACACUUCCUUAAUAUGCAGUAUCCCUAGUCCUUUGUUUUUCUACCAAACCCCUUAGGGUCCUUUGUACUCUUCUACCCUUUCCUCUUAGCUGUCCUUACAGAGCCCCAUUACACUAUGUUUUUUUUUUUUUUUUGCUUCUUUGUAAUUAGUUAGGUCUUGUACUUAAUUUUUUGUUUGUAAAAAUAAAGAAUCACAAAUGAUAAUUAUAUUUAGGGUUAUAGGGAUAAUAAGAGCUUAAAUGAUGAUUCUUAAGGAUUUCACUGAAUCCAAAUGCAAAAGCAAGAAAAUGUCGAACACUAUUUUAUUUUUAAACGUGGGUGGCAUAUGUUAUAUAUAUAUAUACAGUUUACGCAUACAUUUAUACUUUUAGUUAAUAAUAAUUUUACUGUACUAUAAUUUUAUAUAGUUUUUUGAGUUGUAUAAGAGAAAAAAAAACUUUUGUCGCUGCUAUUUUUCAAAAAAAAAAAAUUCUUUUUAACAAUCGGAAAGUUCUUUUAAAUCAAUCAUUCUCUGUGAUUAUCUUUCUGAAAGUGUGCUGCAUAGAGUGUGAACCCAACAUGUGCAACAUUGUGCAGGCAACACCUCACCCCCAAACAUGUCACAAAUCUUUUUUGUCUGCAAAAAGAAUGAAUGGUUGUUUUCUCUCUAAUGCUGUCCUUUUUUAGGAAUCUUCACCUCUUCAAUGUUUUCUAGUUUUUUAGGAAAUUUUCCGAAACCUUAAACGAUUUUAUAUUCUUUCUCUUGACCUUGUUUUGAUUUUUGCUAACAAAAAGUUACCUUGUUUGCCUUCUCUUUGUUUUUCUUUUUGUAAGCUCUAAGGUCAGAAGAUGAGUCACAAAUUUAUUGAUAAUUUUAAAUGAAAAAAAAAAAAAUAAAAAUAAUAAACGAAUAUAUAUGUAUUUAAAUGUUAUUUUAAGUAUAAAUUGUAAAUCUUUAUUGUAAUAGUUGCAUAUUUUUUCUAAAGUGAAAUAAAAAGACAAAAUGAAUGAAAACCGAAA